GGGACGUGGAUACUCGUUCAUUCAGAGAGAGUGUCGCGUCGCCUGCGGUGCUCUUUGUUCGCUUGUUCUACCAAGGAAAGCUUACAUCUUACCUCUUCCUAUGCGAUGAUCUCUCAACGCUCAGCUCGCAGCGGCUUUGCUGCUGCCUCCACCUGCCGGACGAAUGUCACGAUGCUUAUAUUUCCCGUACCACUCCGUCAGAGAGCCAUUUGUCAUGGGGUCGCUCAUUUUUCAUCUUCCUCCGCGGCCAGAAAACCAGUCUCACCUUCCGACAAAUCAUCACAAGUUCAGCCUGUCUCCCACUCCGCCUCGUCCUCAACGUCUACCUCCGUACACCCCCACCUACCGUCCGCCUUAAACCCACCGCAAAGCACACGGCCUGCACAGCUUGAACUUCCCGAAAAAUCAGCGAAUUCCAGUGGAAUGUUCAAGUAUUACAUAUCUUUGGGAAAGGCAUACUACGCGUUUUACAAGACUGGUUUGAAGAACGUAUAUCACAACUAUCGCGUCGCCGCGCCGAUUCGCAAGAGGCUGGGGUUUUCAGGGUACUUACCUACUUCUCUGCCUCCGCGCUCUCUAUCCGGAACCGCGGCCUUUGAGCAGCUUGUCAGGAAAGAGGGUGUAACGCGAGCAGAGUUUCAGCUACUAAGACGAAGCGCCUAUGACAUUAGGAGGAUGAUACCUUUUGUUUUAAUUUUGAUAGUCUGCGGAGAAUUCACGCCAUUGAUCGUGCUGGCGUUGGGAUCACGGGUCACACCCCUGACUUGCAGGAUUCCCAAACAGCUUGAGAAAGAAAGGCGGCUAAAAUUGGAUCGGAAGAGCGCUGCGCUUCGUGCGGCUGUUACUUCGUUCGAAAAGGAAUGGCUUAACGCAACUACAUUGCCGAAAUCCAUACCUUCGGCCGUCCGGCAUGCGUCCGCGAACGACAUCCUGAGCUCUUGUGCCGUGCUCGGCUUGUCCAAGUCGCACCGUCUGCCAGCUUAUAUACCAGGGUUUAUGCAGGCUACAUUUGUGAAUUUGGUGUAUCGGCCGAAGUUGAGGAGAUGGUUAGAGUACUUAUCCGUCGAUGAUUCGUUGAUGAGGGAAGCUGGAGGUGCGGCAGGUUUAACUGCAGAUGAAGUGAGAAUUGCAGUGGAGGAGAGAGGCGGAGUGGAUGUUGGAGCCGAUCGGAUUAGGGAUGAGGAGAAAGUAAAGAUAAUGCGCAGAUGGCUGGGGCGAUGGAUAGAAGAUGGUGGGAAGGCCUAAGGCUGGGAUUAAAUAAUUCGAGACAACCCAUUUCGCUUCUCUUGGGACCUGCAUGUUUCUCGACCGCUUAAAGAGGACCUUGGGACAUUUCCCGGAUGCACCUUUUAUUUCAUAGAAUCUGUAUUAGUAUCAUGGCUGUUGGGUCUAUCGGGAGCUUGCACGACUCAUGAGGUACUAUUUGGGAGAAGAGAAUACACUGGAUACCCAUUU